AUGUGCGAUUUGAUAGACCUGAACAGUCCUGAUGUGAGGGGAAUGCUGGAACCAGCAAAGUUGGCGUCACCGCUGAUUCCGGUGCCGAAGAGUGUCGAGUGCAACGAUGGAGUGGGCUUGGAGUCGGCGACGGAGAAGCGUGAAGGCGAUGGUAACAAUCCAUUCGACCGAGUGUUGCAUGAGACUGCCGAAUAUGUCAGCAAGAAGGGUGAUCCCUUCGAGGUGAUGUUGCAACGAGCUUUGAGAUCUAAGAGUUUGAGAAACGCACAAUCAGUGGACUUUACAGACGACUUUACACCUAGGAAAAAGAAAUAUUUCAAAAUGAUGAACAAGACAUCGAGUAUGCUCGACGAGUCGUUGUUCAAAAGCAGGUUCGGUUUAUUCAACAGAGACAAAAGAGAAGCGAAGAUCAAGACGGAGAACGUUGGUAUCGAUGUGAAAAAUACUGACGUUUGUGACAACGAUGCAGCAGAUAGUGUAUCUUUCUCUAAGCAGGAACGUAAGAUUUCUGUUGCCCCAGACUCACUCGAGCUAUCUAUCUUAAAUCAGUCUGCAAUGAAUGACACGUUACUGGAAGGAUUUCCUAAGUCUAAGGAGAAUGAUAAAGUGUCACCUUUUCUAGAAAAAGACAAGUCAUUCAAAGAAUCUGUUUUUCCUUCAAACAUCAAACAUUUGAAGCAGUCAGAUAUUCAGCGUUCAUUAUCACAGGGAUCUAGAAAAUCACCAACAGGAUUACUGUAUAAGAAUAGAAGAUCACAAUCUGUAACAGAUAACCAGAGGAAAGUUUUGCAGAGUGACAACAGCAUUAUGUCAACCUUCCUGGACAGAGGCUUUUUAGAGAGUAGAAGUGAACAAUCUGUGUUAUCCAGUUUAUCAAAUAUUUCGUCCAUAUCAAAAUUGACUUCUGCUUCACUGUCGUCAUCGAUACUGUCGAAUGAUCCUAUGAAUCGUGCUUUUUUGGAUGAUGGCUUGUUGAAAAUGGAUCGGGAUAAGAUGAGUACAACUGAAAGUUUUAUGGAAACGAAGCUGAAGCAGUAUGACUUAUCAGACUUGGCGGAAAGACUUAACAAAUUGAAAUGCAUUAUGAAUGAUACAACCAAUAUUUCGAGAAUAACGGAGGAAAACUCGAAUUCUGCAAAACAGGAAAAUAUCAAACAAACCGCAAAUAAUAAAUUAAUAGAUGUCGAUGUAUUUGUUCCAGAACAAAAUAAAGAAUUUAACAGAAGUUUAUCUUCUACUUGUUCUUCAGAUUCUGUAUUCACUAGCAAAGCCGAUAAGUCAAUACUAAGUGAGGCCAAGGUACUUGCAAAAACUUUUGAGGAAUUGGCAUCAAAAACUGAUUCUGGAUCUAAUACAGAAGAUGAUUUUAUUUCAAAUAAUACUAUGUGGAUGUCAGAAUUACUACCGGCAUUUGAGGAUGAACCUGUGGUAAAUGAUUUAAUUGAUUUACCUAUGUCGUCAGAAGACAAUUUAAAAGAUAUUAAAAAUAGUGAUACAAAGCAAUCUCCUGCAAGUAUCGAUAGCGCCGAAGAGAAUAUAUUUAAGGAAAUGGAAUCACCAUUAACUGAUAGUUCUGUUGUAAAACAAAACAUAACUUCCUUAUUAUUAGAUCUUAGAAAAUUAGUUAAAGAAAGUAAUCCGGAAGCUAAAAAAUUACUCGAUAAUUUAGAAAAUAUUUUAGAUAUUAAUUAUAAAAAUAAUACAGAAUUAUUAGUAACUUAUUUCAAUAUGUCAGAUAAAUCACAAAGUUCCCAGAAAAUAUCCUCGGAAAGUAUCGAAAGAUUCGAUAAAUCGAGUACAGAUAAAAACGAAAAAGAAGAUUGUAAAAUAUUGUCCCCAGAAUUUUGUAAUGAUGAAAACUCGCUGCCAGACAUAAAUAAGUCGAAAGAUGCAUCACAAAAUAUUGUUAACAUUGAGAAAUCAAAUAUGUCUUCAUCCUGUAAAGAUAAUAGCGAAGAUUGUAUGAGUACAUCUAACUUAUCAGAACACAAUAAGCGUAAAGAAAAAGAUAAUCAAGUGGAUAAAAAGGUAGCGAUAGAACUGUUAGUAAAUUUGAAAAAAUUAUUGAGUGGCCAGGCUGAAGAUGCUAUGACAAUAAAGUUACUUAAAAAUAUAUGAAGAGCGUUAAAUACCGCAUUAAAUAGCACUGAAAAUGAAAUACAAACAGAUUAUACUGAAAAGCAGAAUAUUCAACAGACUACGUCUGUACAAAAUCCUCCUGAAACUAGUCGCAAUGUACAUUCGUCCACCACUAAGGUGGCGCAUAGACGAAGCUUAGAGUUUAAAUCUAAAAAGAUAGAUAGAAGAAGUGUAUCUACAAUUGAGUCGUCACCCAAGAACGGGCAAAUACACAGACGUAAGAAUACAUCUGAAUUAGAGCAUCGUCAGAAACGUUUUUCAAGCGAUCCUGGUUUUAUUAACAAUUUAUCAAAUAAAAAACUUGUGACUGAAACGUACAGCACAAGAAAGGUGGAAGUUGCAAAGUCUAAUAAAGAAAAAGAGAGAUCCAUUGCUAUAAGCGAAGUUAAAAAUAAACUGAAAAAAAAAUCAGAUUUAGUCAACAAAAAAGGUCCUAUAAAAGCAGUGCAUCCUGUAGAUAAUAUGAAGAAAAGAAGAGUAUCACUCGAGAAACAGGCUUCGUUUUCUAAAAUUAUUACACCACCAAAAUCCGACAAGGCUACUCCAUCGAGUAAUAAAAUAAUCAGCAGCACCCCAAAUUCGAUAGAUAAUUAUCACAUGCCUAAGAAAUCAAAAUCCAAACCGAUAGCCUCGUCAACGCCAGACGGCCAAAACAGCAAGAUCGUACCGUUGAACAAUGCUAAUAAAAAGCGUAACCUUUCCUUUGAUAUCUCGCCGGUGACUACAUAUGUAAACAUGAACGGGAGCAAUGAACGAAAGGACAGUCCUAAAAGAAUGUCUAAGUUGCCAACGCCAAAGAAAUGUACGACACCUACGCGUCAGCAAAUGGACGAUAUUCCGAAGUUCCUGACGCCACCGAGGCAUUAUUCGCUUAAUACGAAUAAUCUGCAGUCUCCGCAGCGCUUGAACAGGAGCUCAAUCAAUUUUCAGCGAUACUCUCCAAUGAGUGAGAAGAAAAAUGUCGGGAAAACAAAACAGCAGAGUCCGCUGAAGGAAACUAAUAGAAUCACACCGAAAGUUAAACCAUUUAACUUGGUUUCCAAAAUUAAGCGACAUAGUAUCAACAAUUUUGCCGAGAAGGAGAAUAAUUAUGUGUGAGAUUGAAGUGAAAGAAAAAGGAGCAAAUCGAAACGACUGCGCUGUUGUGAUAUUGAUUGUGUAUCGAAGAUUGCUUCUUUAAAAAAUUGUACGACGUAUGGUUUUCGUUUUAUACUUUGUGAUAAUAUUUAUAUGUUUUAUAAUAAAAUAUGCGGCGAGAAAAUAUGCGAUUCGACCAUUCGCGAAUCUUAAAGUAAUCUCAUUAGAGCGGUUUUGUACAAACGUUAUGUGUAUCCUCGAAUUUAUUUACGCAAUUUAUCAAUUUAAAAUACUUUAAAACAGUGAGGCGCAACUUUUUUUAAUGGUCGAAAAUUUUCAAAAGGCAUUUUUAGA